UCAGAGUUAUCCUCAAUGGGGUUUCGUUCAGUUCUCACACUACUUCUCUUUGCAUUGGCUCUGUCAAUCAGUUUCCAGCUUUCCACAUGCCAUGAAGUCCUCAAGGGAAAAGUUUCUUGCUCCGACUGCCAUGGAAACAACGAUUUAACAGGCUUUAAGGUUAUGGUGAAGUGUGACAAAGUGAAAAAGGUGGCAGUGGCAACCACAGAAGUUUCGGGUUCCUUCCAGGUUGAGCUUCCAUGGGACACUAAAAAGACUCCAAAACCUUUGAAUUGUCUGGCGAAGCUGCUCGGAGGUCCAGUCCAGCUCUAUGUUUCGAAGAAAAACAUGGUUUCGAAUGUUGCGAAAGGCAAAAAUGCGAAGUCAUUCCGCAUCUCAACUCCUUUAGCCUUCUCCGUAUCAUGCCCUGCAACUUUAAUGAAAGAUGGUAAAUGUAAUGCAGCAACCAAGUUUGGUUCAUCGAAGACAGUUGAUUUACCUCUUCCAAGAGAGUGGGGGCUUGCGCCAUCAAGCUAUUAUGUUCCUUUCUUCCCUAUUAUUGGUGUUCCGUAAUUAGAUGUUGCUGUUGUAGUAGUUUCUGAA